UGUCCUGUGUCUCCAUAUCCUGUCCAGGAAUUGUUGCAGAUCUUGGUGAGAUGGUUGGUUUUCAUAACAUAGUCCUCCUGCUCACCCACUCCCUCCUGCUCUGUCUUCCUUCUUGUUCACUUCCUCUCUGCACCGACUCAAGAGCACCUCACACACCAACGACACCUCUGGCCUUUUGCCAUACUUACAAUAAUGGAAGUGCCUGUUGUGACUCUGCCAAAGAUGGGCAGCUGCAGAAGCAAUUCCAGGCCAUGAACAUCUCUGAUCCUGCUUGUGCUUCUCUUCUCAAAUCAAUCCUCUGCGCCCAAUGUGAUCAAUUCUCAGCAGAGCUUUUUAAGAUUGAUUCCGGGAGUCGACCAGUUCCUGCUCUUUGCAAUUCCACUGUUUCAGUUGGAACCUCCCCUUCAAAGCUGGAGGCAGCAACUGGUUUCUGUUCAGCUGUCUGGGAUGCUUGCCAAAAUGUGUCCAUGCUUCAUUCUCCCUUUGCUCCUUCAUUACAAGGUAGUAUUGGACUCCCAGUUAAUUCCACUCCAUCAACACUGAUUGAACAAUGGCAGUCAAAAGAUGUUUUCUGUAAUGCUUUUGGUGGUUCUUCCAAUGAUGGCGGAUCACUAUGCUUCGACGGUGGUCCGACUUUUCCUAACAAUACUAACACAACAAUUCCACCGAUGGGCCUGUGCCUUGAGAAGAUUAGCACUGGAUCUUACCUCAAUAUGGUUGCUCAUCCUGAUGGGUCUGAUCGCGUCUUCUUCUCCGAUCAACCGGGUAGAAUUUGGCUGGCAACAGUUCCAGAGCAGGGCUCAGGAGGAGUGUUGGGGCUAAAUCAGUCCACUCCCUUCAUAGAUUUAACGGAUGAUGUUCAGUUUAAUGCAAGCUUUGGGAUGAUGGGGAUGGCUUUUCAUCCAAACUUCACUCAAAAUGGUCGCUUUUUCGCUUCCUUCAACUGUGACAAGUUCAAGUCUCCAGGAGGCUCUGCAAGGUGUUCGUGCAAUUCAGAUGUGAGCUGUGAUCCUUCAAAGCUUGGUUCUUCUGGUGCAGGGUUGGCUGAGCCAUGCCAGAUUCAAACUGUUAUUGCAGAGUAUACUGUCAAUGGGACUUCAUCGGCAAAAACAGCCAAGCCUUCUGAGGUGAGGAGGAUCUUCACUAUGGGCCUUCCAUUUACGUCAAAUCAUGGGGGUCAGAUUCUCUUUGGCCCUACAGAUGGGUAUUUGUAUUUCAUGAUGGGUGAUGGUGGAAGCAAGGGUGACCCUCGCAAUUUUGCCCAGAACAAGAAAUCCUUGCUUGGAAAGAUCAUGAGGCUUGAUGUCAAUAACAUACCAAGUGCAGGAGAGAUAAGUAAGCUUGGUUUAUGGGGAAACUAUUCUAUUCCCCAAGACAACCCUUACUCUGAAGACGGGGAAUUGCGACCAGAAAUUUGGGCCAUGGGAUUGAGAAAUCCUUGGCGUUGCAGUUUUGAUGCAGAAAGACCUUCCUACUUUCUCUGCGGUGAUGUUGGGCAGGAUCAAUAUGAAGAGGUGGACGUCAUCACAAAAGGUGGAAACUAUGGGUGGCAUGUUUAUGAAGGGCCCCUACUCUUCAAUACCCAACAGUUUCGAGGAAAAACUGCUGAACCCACAUCUCUAAUCUUUCCUAUUCUGGGAUACAAUCACUCUGAUGUAAAUAAGAAAGAAGGAUCUGCAGCAAUUAUGGGCGGGUAUUUCUAUCGCUCCAUGACCGAUCCAUGCAUGUAUGGAAGGUACUUGUAUGCAGAUUUGUAUGCUACUGCCUUAUGGGCUGCCGCUGAAAGCCCAGAAAAUAGUGGGAAUUUUUCUACUAAAAGGAUUCCUUUCAGCUGUGCCCAGAACUCCCCUAUCCAGUGCAGCUCCAUACCUGGGAGUUCUUUGCCUUCUUUGGGUUGCAUAUUCUCCUUUGGGCAGGAUAACAGGAAGGAUAUUUUCAUAUUGGCCAGUAGUGGUGUGUACAGAGUGGUUAGCCCAAAUCGCUGCAAUUACACUUGCUUCAAGGAAAAUGUGACAGCUGCUGGGAGUAUGCUUCCUGCUCCAUCAUCUUCAUCGUGUAUGCUUCCUGCUCCAUUAUCUUCAUCUUCAGCUUCAGCUUGGAGGAACCUGUUGACUGUUCCAUAAAUGGAUUUCGUGCCAAUUUUUUCUGCUUUGCUGUUUUCAUUGGGGUUUGUCUUGUAAGAGUUAAAUAUAGUUGCAGUUAACACUUAGUUACUCCACAGAGAAGAAAAUGACAGAACAUUGGUUUGACAAUUUUUGAGAUAGGGACAUCGUACAACAACAAUGCUGGUUAAGAAACAAUUUAUUGGUAUGGCUCAAGUGCAGCAUUAUUUUCCUUAAGGUUCUUCCUAUGCACAGCCAAGAUAAGUCCUAGAUGAGCCUAGUUCUGGAGUUGGGUGCCUGUUGAG